CGCCUCGCAUCGCGUAACCGGACUCGGAUGCUCGAGCUGGCUGUCGGCUAUUUCACCCAAUGGAUAAGCCGUGGUCUCUCUCUCUCUCUCUCUCUCUCCUCGCCCUAGCUAUCUAUCUAGCUAUCUAUCUAGUGUCCAUGCCAAAUGCAGGUGGGGUUGCACGGUAUACGCUCUAUACCCCAGAGUCCCUCCCAUAUCAGAUACCUUUCGAUCAGCGGCUUAUCACCGAGGUUGCACCCAUGCAAGGGCUGAUAACCUUCCGGUCGGGGGAUUUAUAACCCUCAAGGAGACUUCUCUCGCCUCUCUCUGGGCUCCCCGUUGUUGAAUCUCCUCGAUCCCAGUACCCAGCUGGCUGUCCCCCUCUUCGUCUUCUUCUUCGCCUUCCCCUCACCACUUCAUCUCCCCCCGCCAGACAGCAUAAACGAUGGCGGAUGAGAAAUCCCCACCGUCACCGACAAUGGACGAAGAGAAGGACACAACGAAGAAGGUCGACCCGACCCUGGCGGAACAUGCUCAGGAUGCAGACGAGGCGCUGGCCGUCUUCCAGGAGUUCCAUGGGGAAGUCAUCACCCUGGACGAGGCGACGAACAAACGGCUUCUAAGGACGAUUGACUGGCACAUCAUGCCCAUCAUGUGUCUAGUAUACGGGAUGAACUUCCUGGACAAAACAACACUAUCGUACGCCAGUAUCAUGGGCAUUAAAACGGACCUGGACUUGAAGGGGGAUGACUACCAAUGGCUCAGUAGUCUGUUUUACUUCGGCUACCUGGCGUGGGAAUACCCAACCAACAGGCUUCUUCAGAAGCUGCCCCUCGGAAAGUAUUCCGCGGCGUGCAUCGUGGCCUGGGGAGUGAUUCUCUCCUGCUUUGCUGCCGUCAGCAACUACUCCGGAGCUAUUGCGAUUCGCUUCUUCCUCGGUAUCUUUGAAGCAUCCGUCACCCCCGGCUUCGCUCUCCUAACCUCCCAGUGGUACACCAAAUCCGAACAAGGCAGCCGGGUCAAUUUCUGGUUCAGCUUCAACGGCUGGGGCCAGAUCUUCGGUGGUCUCGUCGCCUACGGCAUCGCCGUAGGGACAGACCGACACGGCUCCGCCAUCGAGCCCUGGAAAAUCAUCUUCCUCGUGACGGGCCUGUUGACUAUCUGUCUGGGUGCGCUCUUCUACUGGGUCGUCCCCGACAACCAGCUCAACGCCCGAUGGCUCAAAAAGGAAGACCGGGUCCUCGCGCUGGCCCGCGUCCGCGUCAACCAGCAAGGUAUCGGAAACAAGCACUUCAAGCUCCACCAGGUCAAAGAAGCCCUCCUCGACCCGAUGACCUGGGCGUUCUUCUUCUACGCGCUGAUCGCGGAUAUUCCCAACGGCGGGAUCACCAACUUCUUCAGUCAGCUGAUCACCAGCUUCGGCUACACCGCCGAACAAAGCCUCCUGUACGGCGUCCCCGGCGGCGCCAUCGAAGUGAUCUCCCUCCUCGGAAGCGGCUUCCUCGGCCAAUACACGAACCAGCGCCUCCUCUGCAGCACGGGCGGCAUCAUCUCCGGGAUCAUUGGGAUGAUCCUCAUCGUCGCCCUGCCCAUGUCCAACAAUGUGGGCCGGUUGAUCGGUUACUACAUGACCAUGGCGAGCGCCACGCCCUUCGUGGCCCUGUUGGCCAUGAUCUCGUCCAAUGUGGCCGGCUACACUAAGAAGACCACUGUUGCCGCGAUUUAUCUUAUUGGGUACUGUGCGGGGAAUAUUAUUGGCCCCCAAGUCUUCCGUCCUCAGGACGCACCCCGGUACGUUCCUGCAGAGAUCACCAUCAUUGUCUGCUGGGGCGUGUGUCUCUUUAUUCUCGUCUUUAUUUGGUGGUGGUACAAGAAAGAGAAUGAGAAGAAGGCCGCUAUCCGCGCAAGGCCUGAGUAUACCCGGUUGGAGAAUCAAGAAUGGCUGGACCUUACCGACUGGGAGAAUCAUGAGCUUGUAUAUGUGUUGUGAGGUGGGCAGGGGGUUGGCUGGGCUGGGCUGG